CGCUCUGAUCUCAGACAUUAGUCAUAGUUUGGGGCACUGUAGGUUUAAGCGACCCACUCUCCCAGAGCUGCGUGUGUGAAACUGUGAACAGAUCCGCCUCAUUGAUCUCAAACUGCUACCGGAGAGGAAGUCGAGCUGGAAUCAGAACAGGAUCUUAAAGCCGUUUGUCUGCGAUGGACCGGCCGGUGCGCGCUGGCUCAGGGGGGAAGUAGACGCCUCAUUUAGCGGACUGAUCUUCAGUUUUUGACACGAUUAGGGGGGAAAAAAGUGAAAGAAUGACAGCUGCCUUGCAUAUAAGAAAUAGUCGUGAAUGUAGACUUCAGUUUAAGAUCGAGCUGUAAAAGUGUUCGCGUAGUCCUCCUACUCCAGACCGCGCCAAUGCUGGAAUGGCUUGUGGCUUUCUGUGUUGCGAUCCUGGUGGUCUAUGUGUUUGGUCUCGAUGCUUUCCGUCAGAAACCGGGCUGUUCGCAGCUGCCAGCCGACGGCGACAGUGUCGGCUCGGUGUGCGCGGAGGUGGCUGAUGGCGCGGAUGAGAAAACACGCACCGUGGCGCUCGUAUGCAAGCCCUCCGCGCUGGCCAAGUACCUCCAGAAGCACUGCAGGACUUUCGGCCGGUUCUCUCCCUGCGACGGCUGGACGUGGAGAGCCAGCGCCUUCCUGCAGAGCGCCUACGAGGCGUGCUGGCCGUGCGAGAGCCCGGUUCAGUUCGUGCGGGACAACCUGCAGCUGAGCGACGACGGGCUGGUGUCCCUGGACUGGGCUGUGCCGUCCUACCACAGGAGACGCCGGACUUCCAGCCACUCCACCAGCCCGGUGCUGCUCAUCAUCCCCAACUCCUUCGGGAAGAUCACCAGGAAUGUGAUUAAGUUAUGUGAAUCGGCUCUGUCCCACGGAUACCUGCCUGCCGUCUUCAACCGCCGCAGCCACAAUGGCACCCCUCUAACCACCCUGAAACUGCAGCAGUUCGGCGACCCUUCAGAUCUGCGAGAGGCCGUGCGCUACAUUCGCUACCGACAGCCCGCCGGACGGCUGUAUGUGGUUAGCGAGAGCUCGGGGUCGGGCCUUCUCCUGUCCUACCUGGGGGAGUGCGGAUCCUCCAGUUACGUGACGGCAGCGGUCUGCCUCUCACCCGUGUUUCGUUGCCAGAGCUGGUUCGAGAACGGGCUGUGUUGGCCCCUGCAGUGGUUGCUGGCGCUGUACCAAAAGAUAUGUCUCAGCAGGUAUAGGACGGCACUGGGGAACGUCGUGCACACAGAUGCUCUGUUCUCUAGCUGUUCCCUGCGUGGCGUGGAGGAGGCCCUGUUCUGUCAGUCUGGUUCUACAUCAGGGAACAACAGUGGCUGCAGCGCUACCGGAGGCUGGGAUGCUUACUGGGAACGCAACGAACCCCUGCGAGACGUGGACGAAGUGGCUAUUCCUGUUCUCAGCGUGUGCGCUAAAGACGACCCGGUGCGAGGAGACACCCAGUCCUCCUUGCCAAUGGAGCUCUUUGAGACAAACCCACACUUUUUCCUCCUUCUGACAGACCGUGGAGGUCACUGUGGCUUCUCCACCCAGUCCAAUAGGAGGGCCAGUGGUGCGCUGGAUGCAGAUGGCUCUGUGGCUGCAACAGAUACAGCGGGCAACCAUGUCACCAACUGGAGUCACAAAGUCGUGCUGGAGUUCUUCAGGGCGACCACGGACUUCUUCAACGCAGAGGAGAGAGCCAAGCAGCUCGCUGCGAGGAGGAGGGGACUGGCAGGGGCAGCGGCAGGGAGGGCCUUUCGCUACCGCAGCGUUAGUACUUGUAAGCAAAUGCCAGCAUGUUCCCACAAUAUUCAUGCAAUUUAUAACUGGCAGAGGUCAUAUACUCGAUGAGUAAAGCUUAAAGAUGGAACUAUUGGGAAUGUUUUGGAAAUUCAUACUAUGUUUGUAUGGUCAGACCUCCAAAGCUGAUUUUCUUUUUCUUUUUAUAAUUAGCAUUUCUGUGUCUGCUUUUGCCAAAAAA